UCCUAACGUUUAGAUCUUCUCAACGCGGCCAAAUAGCAGAGCUAAAGUGAAUAAAGUGCGCGUUCGUAUUCAUACAAAAAUCAGAUUUCCAAAUACUGAUAUCCUUUUAGCAAAAAUGAAUACCACAACUAGUCCACAUCGCGCACGCGUUAAUCCGGUCUCUUCGCAUGCCAUUUGUUAUCCAACAACGGAUGUCCGUUCGCCGGCUGUGCAUGGAUCGCGCGUUUACCAGGGCUUAAAAACAUCAGAGAAUGAAGAAAUGGGCUGUGUGGAGAUACUCGCUACAGCGAUUUCCAUCGUCGUCAUGAUACUCACCUUUCCCAUUUCCAUAUUUGUCUGCUUCAAAGUUGUGUCCGAGUAUGAGCGCGCCGUCAUCUUUCGUAUGGGUCGGCUGCGUAGCGGCGGCGCACGCGGUCCCGGUGUCUUCUUUGUGCUACCCUGCGUGGAUGACUAUUGUAAAGUGGAUUUGCGUACGGUCUCAUUUGACGUGCCACCACAGGAGGUGCUCUCCAAGGAUUCAGUGACCGUGACAGUUGAUGCGGUAGUCUAUUAUCGCAUUAGUGAUCCGCUGAAGGCUGUCAUACAGGUAUCAAAUUAUAGUCACUCAACACGUCUGCUGGCCGCCACAACGUUACGUAAUGUGCUGGGCACUCGCAACUUAUCGGAAUUGUUGACGGAGCGUGAAACGAUUUCGCAUACCAUGCAAGUUUCAUUGGAUGAAGCAACCGACCCGUGGGGCGUGAAGGUGGAACGUGUGGAGAUUAAGGAUGUUUCGCUACCAACGGCACUGCAACGCGCGAUGGCAGCUGAAGCGGAAGCAGCACGUGAGGCACGCGCUAAAGUUAUCGCAGCCGAGGGUGAAAUGAAGUCCUCGCGUGCUUUGAGAGAGGCAUCUGAAAUUAUAUCGGCCAGUCCGUCAGCUUUGCAAUUGCGGUAUUUACAAACGCUUAGCAGUAUUUCGGCCGAAAAGAAUUCAACCAUCAUAUUUCCCCUGCCCAUGGAAUUAUUGACACCAUUUUUGGGACAUUGCACAACCAAUCACCUCUGCCGACAACACGCCGCCCAAGGAGGCAACCAUCAGUGACAAUCGCUGCUGGAAGAGUAUCUUAGUGCUCUGCAAUUAUACGAAAUCGACUAUAAAGGAGAACGAAAUCAAAAACACAACUAAAAUUCGCGAAACCAGCUAAUCGCUGCCUAAAAUGCAACAACAAACAACUAAACAAAUACACAACCCACAUCUCAUUACAACUAGAAUAUAUAAAAUAUGUAUGUAUUUCCAAAAGUUGAAGAAAUAAAAAACAUUUUUUUUUUUUGGUAUUUUUAAAUAUCUUAAAUUUAUUUUAUUGUACUUUAAAAUUAGCAAGACUUAAAAAUACGGGUUUUUCAUAUGUAAGCAAUUAUUCACAAACGUACAUACAACAGUAAAUCAGUAGAAAAUUAAAGGUUUACCUUGAACGGGUGCUUUUUGAAAACUAGAAAUUUUGUUGAAUAGGCAGAGAUUAUGUUAUUAAAAGUGUUUCUUUUAGCCUUUGAUGAUAUUCUUCCGUUUCCGUCAUUUAUGUAUGUACAAACAUUUGUAUGUUUUCAAAUUCAAGAGAUUUCAAACGAAUUUUUCAUUUACGCUGCGAAAACGUAACUUCUUCUUCUUCGUCUUAAAUCUGGACUCUUUAAUUUCUUUUCUGCAUAUAGUGUGUGUGUAUGUUAGUCUCAAAACUAAAACUUAUUCUAUGAUAAGUUAUUCUCUCAUUUUUAUAUAUAUAUGAUUGUGAAGUGUAGAUAUUGAUUUAAAGAAAAUAGCAUUAUUUUCUUUGUUUUUGUGUUUUUGGAAAUUCACUUUUGAUUAAAAUUCAUAUUAUAUCUAAUGGCGAUCACGAGAAUCUGAUCGGCUGCGUCUGUCUCUUGAAAAAC